GUCAAACGUGUUCACUAUUACUCUGACUCUGGUAACGUGACUUCCUGGUAACGUGUUAGGUAGGAAAAGCAGUAAAAAAGUGCAUAUUAAGGGAGCAGAUUUGAAAUAAUAUUUAUACUUAACAAGAAAUAAUUAAAGGUUCAAUGGGGAGACCUAAAGAUUUACGCAUAUGGGAGCACUACCGUACUUUACCAAACAAGUCUGUUUCUUGCAAGCUUUGUAAUAAGGUCUACAAAUUCAGUAAUGCUGCCAAAAUGCUUCAACAUCUUAUCACUUGUCCAAAAUCUCCAGAAACAUUAAAAGACUCUAUGAAACUUAUAAAAGAUAGCUCGUCCAAAACCAAAAUGUCUGGACUGUCAGAGAUAGAGACAAAUGAUUCUUUUAUAAGCCCCUCGUCGUCUGCUAACACUACAAUAAAUGCUGAGUUUCAAGACACCGAUGAUCAUAUAAAAACAGAAUUAGCGAGAGCUAUAUUUGUAACAGGGACGCCAUUAUCGAUGGUGCAACAUCCUUUAUGGAUACAAUUUUUCGAAAAAUUGCAACCAAAAUUUAAAAUACCUUCACGUAAAGCUUUAGCGACAAAAUACUUAGAUAAAAUAUAUAGAGAAAUGCGUUUUGAGUUAAAUGAGGAACUAAAUGCUUGUAGUUACUUACACCUUCAGUGCGAUGGCUGGUCUAAUUUAAGAAAUGAAGGAAUAAUAAACUUUCUUAUAUCAAAACCUCAACCUGCAUACGUUAAAAGUUUGAAUACAGAAAGUAAUCCUCACACUAGUGAAUACCUUAGCCAAGAAGUUGAAAAAGUAAUGAAAGUGUAUGGAGCAAAUAAGUUUCUUGUACUUAUUGGCGAUAACGCUAGAAAUAUACAAAAGGCAUUCGAAUUAACAAAACUCAAAUAUCCACAUGUUGUUCCUCUCGGUUGCUGUGCACAUAUCCUUAACUUGUUGUGCCAAGAUAUUGUAAAGAUACAAGAAGUAACUGUGUUUAUUAUGCAAGCCAUAAAUAUAAUAAAAACUGUUAAAAGGAGUCAACGAUUAAGUUCCUUGUUGAUAAAAUCAAGGCAGGGUGAAGAUUCUACACAAACACUAAAAUUGCCUUGUGCUACAAGAUGGGGAAGUCAUGUUACUUCGUUAAAAAGUUUGAAAGCAAAUAAGAUAGCUUUGCAAAUAUUAACAGUUAGAGAAGAUGUGGUAAUUUCAAGAGAUAUUAAAGAUUUAAUUCUAAGUGAUGAUUUCUGGACGAAGACAGGGGAAUGUAUAAGUAUUUUGGAACCAGUCACUGAAAGCAUAUUUUACUUAGAGAGCGACCAGAAUCGUUUGCAUCGCACAUACAUUACAUUUAGAGAUGUACAAGCUAAGAUACGUUUUGCAUUAAAUGAGAUUUCGACAUUGAGCGAAGAAAGCAAACAGCAGAUUCUAACAUCAGUAUCUUCAAGAUGCAAUAUGGUAAUGAGGCCAAUACAUUUUGCAGCAUAUAUUCUAGACCCCAGGACUCUAGGAGUCGAACUUACUCAAGAGGAAGAACUUAAGGGUAUGGAGUUUAUCUACAAUUUAAGCCAACACUUAAGUUUGUCAAAUGUAAUGGCAGAUUUGGCGUGUUAUAAAGCUAAAGAAAACUUUUGGGCCAGAGGAUUUGUAUGGAGCUCAUUAGAUAGCAUUGAGCCCCUAAUAUGGUGGAAAGGUAUUUGUGGUUCCACUGAGUUAAGCAAAGUAGCGAUUCGUAUUCUAUCAGCUCCCUGUACUUCGGCAGCCACUGAGCGUUCCUUUAGUAUCCAAGGCUACAUACAUAAUAACAAAAGAAAUCGACUUACAACUGAAAGAACUGAAAAAAUUUCAUUCAUUUGUUAUAACUGGAAUCUUAAACAUAAAGCUGAAUGCGAGGACAUUCAGUUUAAUGAAGAAAAUACCUUAGAAGCUUUCAUUGAGCAAGUAAAUGAACAUAACAGUUUAGACGAAAUAGAGCCUAUCGAACCUAUACAAUUCAUCGCUUGUAAUAACUCUGAAUCUGACAGUGAUUGACUGUAGUUUUACAUUUUACUUUCAUCUCUUUCUUAAUAAACUCAAAAUCAAAUUAAAAGUUUUUUAUUCUGUAGGCUGCAUAAUAAUAUUGUCUAUGUCCAGUAUAGUGGACGUCUUGCGGCUGAGAUGACGAUGAUGAAGUACAAAAUCAUAAACACCCAAAAAUUUGGGUGUUUAUGGGGUUUAAACCCAAUAAACCCAAAACACCCGGUUUUUACCCACCAGACUUUAAACCCACCCAGGUGGAUUGCCCAUCUCUAUCGACAA